UGUUGUGGGUAUUCCUACACGCAUGACAUGCACUUUCCCUUAGUUUCUUUUUCCUUAGAGAUUUCAACAACAGACUACCAUCAUGUGAAACUAAAUUAAUUGCAGCCAAAGUAAUCUUCCUGAAGCCAACCAACAAUGGAUCCACAAGAUGCAAAAAUGGCCAGAUUGAAGAGAAAACAUGCUAAGUUGAAUAGAGGAAGCAAUGAAAAGCAAAGGGAUAAAGAUUCAAAUAAAUCAUGCUUGACGUCGAGGAAUAUCAAUGGAUUAAAUUCAAGCGAUGUUAGGCUGUUCCAAUCACCAACCCUUCCUUCUCAAACAUCAUUUGCAUCAGGUGCAUCAACAUUAACUAACCCUACAGUGAGCAAUAUAUCAAGGGAAGGUUCCUCUAAAGUGGGAGGAAAGAAUAGGACUCCAUUAUCAACAAUUUCCAACGGUGUGUCGGUACAGUCCUCAAAUGUGGCAUCACAAGUAACAAACACCGUUAAGAAGGCACAAAAGACCAGAAUUGGAAGGAAAAGGAAAUACAAUCAACUUCCUGUGGCACAUUUGGAUUUCGAUUCGUUGCUCCAAGAUGUCGUCCCAAGAGAGCAGACAUCAUUCGGAGGGGUCAAUCAAAACAUUCGAAAUUUGGAUGAAUUUAGAGCUUCUAUCUACGUUGAUGCUGAGAUCACAGGAUGCUUGGAUUUGGGCUAUCCAGAAAUCCAGUGUAAAUGGUGCAAGGCUCAAGUUUGGAUAGAGGAAAGGGCAGAAAAGUCUAGACCACCGAAUGAUAGCACUGAGUUCUCCAUCUGUUGUCAAAAAGGGUUUGUUGAUAUUCCUCUCUUAGAAGAAACACCUAAACUGUUGGUAUCACUGCUCAAUGGGACUGAACCUAGAAGUAAGCACUACCAACAGAAUAUAAGGGCGUACAACAGUAUGUUUGCAUUUACAUCACUAGGAGGCAAGGUUUUUUCUAAGUUAAACAAUGGAAAUGGUCCGCCGCAAUUCAUAUUGAGUGGACAAAAUUACCAUAGAAUUGGUAGUCUCUUGCCUGAGCCCGGUACUACUCCAAAGUUUGCGCAGUUAUACAUAUAUGACACCCAAAAUGAAGUCCAAAAUAGAACAAGGGUUUUUGAGAGUGAAGGUGGUGAGGGAGGUUUUGAUCUUUCAUUAGUGGAGGAUCUUAAACAAAUGUUGGAUCAAUGUAACCCUCUAUGCAAAUCCUUUAGAAAGAUUCGUGACUUGGUUGACAAAGGAUCACCUCCAAAGAUGGCUUUAAGGUUGUUUCGCAAGAGGGAAAAAGAUUCAAGGAUGCAUAAUUUACCAACUGUGGAUGAAGUUGCAGGAUUGAUAGUCGGUGAUUAUGAUCUAUCCGAACAAGGAAGAGAUAUUAUAGUUGAUGAUGUGAGCAAAGGUUUAAGAAGGUUACAUGAGACACAUCCACUAUACAUGCCACUUCAGUAUCCCUUAGUAUUUCCUCGCGGUGAAAAUGGUUACGAGGAGGACAUCCCUUAUAGAGAGUGGGAAGAUGAAGAAAAGAAUAGAGGAUCAAAGGAAAGAGUUGCUAUUCGGGAAUUUAUAGCCUUUAGGAUUCAAGAAAGGGAGUGUGAAUUUGGAAACAUUAUGUACAGUAGAAGACUUCUCCAACAGUUUUCUGUUGAUUGUUACACAAUGAUUGAAGCACAAAGGCUUUCUUUCAUAAGAAACAAUCAAGGGAACAUUCGAUCAGAUCUUUUGAACGGACUACAAGAAGCAGUUGAAAGUGGAGAUACAGACCCCCGUAAUGCUGGACAGCGUGUUAUCCUGCCAGAUUCUUUCACAGGUUCACCAAGGUAUAUGUUUAAUAAUUGCCAAGAUGCCAUGGCAAUUUGUAAGAGAUUUGGAUACCCGGAUCUCUUCAUUACAUUUACGUGCAACUCAAGUUGGAGUGAAAUUAAGAAUUUUGUUGGAGAAAAGGGUCUUAGUGUUUCAGACAGGCCAGAUAUUAUUUCCCGAGUGUUUAAGAUGAAACUUGAUCAGAUGAUGACUGACUUCAAAAAAAAUGAAAUGUUUGGGAAAGUAACUGCAGGGAUGUACACUGUUGAGUUUCAAAAGAGGGGGCUUCCACAUGCACACAUUUUGUUGUGGUUAGAAGGGUCAAACAAAAUCCACACGACUAAGGACAUCGACAAGGUCAUAUCAGCGGAAAUACCACACCCAGACUUAUACCCAAAGUUGCAUUUGGCCGUUUCUACAUUUAUGAUGCAUGGUCCAUGUGGAAAGGCAAAUUCAGGUUCACCUUGCAUGAAAGGACCAAGAUGCUCCAAAUACUUCCCAAAGAAGUUUUUGUCCUCAACCACCAUAGAUGAGGAUGGCUUUCCUGUGUAUAAAAGAGUGGACAGUGGUUUGUCCGUCAUGAAGAAUGGAGUUCCUUUGGAUAAUAGGUAUGUUGUCCCGUAUAAUCCAACACUAUUGAUGCGAUACCAAGGUCAUGUUAACACAGAAUAUUGCAACAAAUCAAAUGCAAUUAAGUAUUUGUUCAAGUAUGUGAACAAAGGUCCCGAUAGAGCAAACCUACAGAUAAAAAACAAAUCGGGCGACAAAGAAGAUCCAGCACAGUUAGAUGAAAUCAAGAGGUAUUAUGAUUGUCGUUAUGUAUCCCCAUGUGAAGCUACAUGGAGAAUUUUCAUGUUCGAUAUUCAUCAAAAAUGGCCUCCUGUCAUGAGAUUAUCUUUGCAUUUGGAAGGUCAGCAAAGUGUUAGGUUCAAGGAAACACAAAACCUUAACAAAGUGGUUGACUAUCAUCAAUCAGUACCAACAAUGUUUCUUGCUUGGUUUGCUGCAAAUCAGUUGUAUGCAGAUGGAAGGGAUUUGACAUAUGCGGAAUACCCUUCAAAAUUCACUUACUUUCCAACAAAAAGGGUAUGGCAUCCCAGGAAAAAUGGUUUUCAAAUUGGUAGGCUCUCAUACAUUCCAGUCGGUUCAGGUGAACUGUAUUAUAUGCGCAUCUUAUUGACGAUCCAGAAGAGUUGCAUGGGGUAUGAUUGUAUCAAAACUGUCAACGGUAAGCUUUAUGAUACGUUCCAAGACGCCUGUUAUGCUAUUGGUUUGUUGUCGGAUGACAAAGAAUUCAUUGAUGGAAUUUUAGAAGCAUAUAGAACAGAGAGUGGGCAUAUGCUUCGGGUUUUGUUUGUCAGACUUUUGAACAUGAGCACUAUGCACAAGCUUGAUAAGGUGUGGGAUGCAACUUGGAAAAUGUUGGCUGAUGGAAUUCUAUAUGCAAGACGAAGGAAGUUGGAUAUUCCAGAUCUUCAAAUAUCUGAUUCUGUUUUGAAGAAUCUUUGCUUAAUUGAGUUAGAGAAGUUGUUGAGAUACAAUGGAAAGUCUUUGAAGGAUUAUAAAUCUCUACCGUAUCCGAUUCUCGAAGAGGUUUUAAAGAUGGAAAACAGAUUCAUUGCAGAUGAAUUGAACUAUGACAAAGACAAGCUCCGAGAGCUGCAUGAAUCACUUCUUGGGAAGUUGACAGAUGAGCAGCAUAGUGUUUAUUCUACUAUAAUGAAAUCGGUUGAGACCCAAGAUGGUCAGUUCUACUUUUUGUAUGGUUAUGGUGGAACUGGGAAGACCUUCAUGUGGAAGACUCUAUCUGCAGCUCUAAGAUCACAAGGGAAAAUUGUAAUAAAUGUUGCAUCUAGCGGCAUUGCGUCAUUAUUGUUGCCCGGAGGCAAAACUGCUCACUCUACCUUUUGUAUUCCACUGCAAAUAAAUGUGAAAUCAUCUUGCAAUAUAAAACAACAAGAUUUGAGAGCCAAGUUGCUAAGAGAAGCGAGUUUAUUUAUAUGGGAUGAGGCUCCUAUGAUGCAUAGAUUUUGUUUUGAGGCAUUUGAUCGUACCAUGCGCGAUUUGAUGAGAGGUGUAGAUAAGGAAAACUUGAACAGACCAUUUGGAGGUAAAGUUGUCGUAUUGGGUGGAGAUUUUAGGCAAAUAUUACCUGUGAUUAGACAAGCUAAUCGAUUUGAUAUAAUGAAGUCCACUAUCAACUCUUCUCUUCUUUGGCAUAGUUGCAAGGUUUUGAAGCUCACAAGGAACAUGAGGUUAGUUGAUGAUGGUACAAGUCCAAGUGCUAAUGAGAUUAGAGAUUUUGCAAACUGGAUUUUGAAAAUUGGUAAUGGUGAGAUGGAAGCUGACGAGGAUGGAGAAGGUCGCAUAGAUAUACCCGAAGAACUGUGCAUUCCUCCAUGUGAUAACCCUUUGCAAGAAUUGAUUGACUUUGUUUAUCCUAAUAUUGUCAACAACAUUGACAAUCAGCGGAUUUUUGAAGAAAAGGCAAUUUUGGCUCCAACGCUUGAUUGUGUUGAACAGGUUAAUGACUAUGUUUUGUCCUUGAUAGAAGGCAAAGAGAAACAUUAUCUCAGUUCUGAUACACCUUGCAAAUCUGAUGAGGAUUAUGAUAUUCAAGGAGAUUGGUGUACCACUGAGUUCCUCAAUGAUGUCAAAUGUUCUGGGAUACCGAACCAUCGGCUGACAUUGAAGGUUGGAGUUCCCAUCAUGCUUCUAAGAAACAUUGAUCAAGCAAAUGGUUUAUGCAAUGGAACACGCUUGCAAGUCAACCAUCUUGGGAAGAACAUUAUUACUGCCACUGUUAUCACUGGAAAGAGUAUAGGACAGAAGGUUUUAAUCCCAAGGAUGGAUUUGGUUCCAUCAGAUUCAGGGUUUCCAUUCAAAUUCUCAAGAAGGCAAUUCCCCGUUUCUUUAUGCUUUGCUAUGACAAUAAACAAAAGUCAAGGCCAAUCAUUGUCCAAAGUAGGUUUAUACUUACCUCGCCCGGUAUUCACACAUGGACAGUUGUAUGUGGCUGUGUCAAGAGUAACUACUAAGAAAGGUUUGAAAAUGUUAAUCCUGGAUGAAGAUGGUAUCCCUUGCACAUCAACUAUCAAUGUUGUUUAUCCAGAAGUAUUUGAUAAUUUGUAGGUUGAAUUGCUACAAGCGUUUUUUGAUGGAAACAUGACGUAGCGAAUCAUUGUCUUGAAGGGCUUAUAUUGAGAUAUAUGUUUGCUAUUGGGCUAUGCAGUUCAUUUUUGAUGUUUUUUUGAAGUCAUUCUAUGAUUGUAAUAUGCCAAUGAAGUUCUAAUUCAUAAAUUUGUGAUGGCAAUGGAUGUGGUUUAAUUUAUUAGUUGUUAUAGAUUAACUAUGUAUUUUAUUUUACAAAAAUGACGACGUAUGUUAUUCA